AGUGAGGUUAAGUGCACGUGUUUACUUUUAAAAGUGAAAUGUCGAAGUGUCGUAAAAAAGAUUCUGUAACCCUCAGCCAAGAUGCAGUGGAAUUUUCGGUCUUUACAGCAGAAGAAAUACGAAAAUUAUCCGUCGUAAAGAUUUGUAGUCCGUUAACGUUCGAUGCUUUAGGUUAUCCGUUACCUGGCGGGCUUUACGAUAAAUUAAUGGGGCCCCUUUCGGACCGCUCAGAACCUUGCGGCACAUGCUUCCAAAAUAUUUACCAAUGCCCGGGGCAUUUCGGCCAUAUAGAACUCACUUUACCCGUAGUAAAUGGGUUAUUUACCAAGUUUAUAUUGAUGGUGUUGAAAUUAACUUGUUUUCAUUGUUACCAUAUUAGAAUUCCGGGCCAUGUCAAGCAUUUAUUAUCGGUACAACUUCGUUUAUUAAACGCCGGGUUUAUAACGGAGCCUUUAGAAAUUGAGAAUAAACUCGAUCAACUCAUUACAGAGAGUAAAUCGAUGGAAAACGUUCAAGAAGAUGAGUUAUUGCCGUUUUUAUUGGAAUACGAGGAGAUUAUUAAGGAGAAUUCUCUUGAAGGUAAAGGAUUGAAUAUUUUUAAUAAAAAUACGGAAGGUAUGAAAAAAGAAUUGAUUGAUUCGUUGCUAAAAAAGUUAAAAACGCGAGGAAAUUGUAUGCAUUGCAAUAAAACGUUGAGUAGAAUCACCAAAAUUAGAGACAAAUUGAUUGAAAUUCGCCCAUCGAGCGUUCAAAAAGGGAUGGAACAAAAAUAUCUUAAUCCAGAGGAAAUUCGACGUCACCUAAGGUCGUUGUAUAAGAACGAAAAGAAUUUUCUACAUCAAUUAGCCCCCGUUUUAAAAACUGUGAAAUCAGAGAAUCCCACAGAUAUAUUUUUUUUUGAGGUUAUCCCCGUUCCUCCUCCAAACGUGCGCCCUGUUAAUUUCAUUGGGGGGAAAGCUUCAGAAAGUAAGCAAUCCGCAAUUUAUAAACAAAUCCUCCAUGAGUGUUCCUUAGUUAGAACAAUUGUACAAGUAUUAAAAAACCGCGGAAAUUUAGAAGAUUUGCACGAAACGGCAAAAUCAGUUUACGCCGUUGCGAGGGGUAAUACGGUUUUGGAGAAACUAAAUUUUGCUUGGGAAGCCCUCCAGAUGAAUGUUAAUAACAUAAUUGAUUGUAAUUCGGUGCAAAUUCACGGGGGGCAAGGUUUGAAACAAAUUAUUGAGAAGAAAUCGGGCGUUAUUCGGAUGCAUAUGAUGGGGAAAAGGGUUAAUUUCUCUGGGAGAUCGGUUAUAACGCCCGAUCCGAAUAUUAAUAUUGAUGAAGUCGGCGUUCCGGAAGAAUUCGCGAAAAAAUUAACCUUUCCAGUUCCUGUUACCACGUGGAAUGUUGAAGAGUUAAGGAAGUUGAUUAAAAAUGGACCAAAUAUUUAUCCAGGUGCUGUGAUGGUCGAAUUUGAAGAUGGAACAAUAAAUAAAAUUAACCCAAACAACCCGGUUCAUCAACAAGCUUUAAUGAAGCGAUUAUUAACUCCCGACGAUGGUAACGAAGGAUUUAAAGGGUUCAAAACGGUGCAUCGUCACUUAACAAACGGAGAUAUAGUGCUUUUAAAUCGCCAACCGACUCUACAUCGCCCAUCGAUUAUGGCCCAUAAAACUCGCAUUCUAAAAGGCGAAAAAACCUUAAGAUUACACUACGCUAAUUGCAAAGCUUACAACGCCGAUUUCGACGGGGACGAAAUGAACAUGCACUUCCCACAAAACGAGUUUGCGCGAACCGAAGCUUAUAAUUUAGUGAACGUUUCGAAUCAUUAUUUAGUCCCGAAAGAUGGGACCCCUUUGAGUGGUUUAAUUCAAGAUCACGUCAUUGCGGGGGUUCGAAUGACGAUUCGGGGGAAAUUCUUCGAUAAAUAUGAUUAUCAAAAGUUUGUUUUUCAAGCGUUAGACUUCCAAACGUCUAAUAUCGUUUUGUUACCCCCCACAAUCUUAAAACCGGCUAAAUUAUGGUCGGGAAAACAAAUAAUUUCCACCGUAAUAAUCAACACUUUACCUAAAAAUUCCGAAAUGAUCAAUUUAGAUUCAACAUCGAAAAUCUCGGUGAAAUCUUGGCAAAAAUCCAAACAAAAACCUUGGAAAUUCGGGGGAACCCCACUAAAAGACAACGAAAUGACCGAAGCUGAGGUUAUAAUACGACAAGGGGAGUUAUUGGUUGGGGUUUUAGAUAAAACUCACAUUGGGGCUACCCCGUACGGGUUGGGGCAUUGCAUUUAUGAGUUGUACGGUGGAACUUACGCCACGAAGCUUUUAAGUUCUUUCGGGAGAUUAUUUACGAGUUAUCUUCAAAUCGAUGGGUUCACUUUAGGAGUUAAAGAUAUCUUGGUGAUGGAGAAAGCCGAUGAGAAGCGUAAAGAAGUCGUGGAAAAAUCGCGCGAAAUCGGCGUCUCAGUAAUCGCGAAAGCUUUGGAUGUUCCGGAAAAUACAUCGAUUGAGGAAAUUUUGGAAAAAUUGGAACAAUCUCACGCGAAUAAUCCGAAUUUUAGGAACAUUUUAGAUCGGCAAUACAAACAAAGUUUGGAUUCGUACACGAAUGAUAUUAAUAAAGUUUGUUUACCGGCGGGGUUAAUUUGCAAAUUUCCCGAAAAUAAUUUGCAACUAAUGGUGCAAUCUGGCGCGAAAGGAUCUACAGUAAAUACUAUGCAAAUUUCUUGUUUGUUGGGCCAAAUCGAAUUGGAAGGGAAAAGACCCCCGGUUAUGAUUUCGGGAAAAUCGUUACCGAGUUUUCCUAAUUUUGAGUUUUCACCGCGAGCUGGGGGAUUCAUCGAUGCGAGGUUUAUGACGGGGAUUCAACCCCAAGAAUUCUUUUUCCAUUGCAUGGCAGGACGUGAGGGGCUAAUUGAUACAGCGGUAAAAACGAGUCGAAGUGGUUAUUUACAACGCUGUUUAAUUAAACCACUUGAAGGAGUAACCGUAGCUUACGAUUUAACAGUUCGAGAUAGCGAUAAAUCGGUGAUACAAUUUUUUUAUGGCGAAGACGGAUUGGACAUCUCAAAAUCGCAAUUCUUUAACGAUAAACACAUCAAGUUUUUGAUCGACAACAAAAAGGUUAUUUACGACAAAAAGGUAAUUAAGCAAUUGAAAGAAGUUCCCAAUUACAAAUUAAUGACCCAACACGCUUCAAAAAUCAAUGAGUGGAGAUCGAAUUUUGGGGAUCCCUUAAAAAAUAAACAAAUCUCAUCAUUUACAGCCUUUUCAAAAGCGAUCAGUGAAAAGACCCAGUUUAAAAACGAAAAUAAACGCUCAAAAAUCCCGAGUAGGACUAAAAAAACGAAAUGUAUUUUGGAAAUGUGGAAUGAGGCUGAUUCCGAGUUAAAGGAGAGUCUUAAAAAGCGAUUUGAGCACUCCCCAGAUCCUGUUAUAUCGUUAUUUCAACCCGACGUUUAUUUGGGGUCAAUCAGCGAGCGAUUACAAUCGUUAAUAGAUAAUUCGAACACAAAGUUUGAGUCAAAAAAAGAAAGAAAACAAUUCGAGGAUACCCUAAAAUUAAAAAUAAUGCAAGCCGUUUGUCAACCUGGCGAAUCUGUUGGGCUUUUAGCUGCGCAAUCUAUUGGGGAACCAUCCACUCAAAUGACGUUGAAUACAUUUCAUUUCGCUGGGAGAGGGGAAAUGAACGUGACUCUGGGAAUACCCAGAUUAAGGGAGAUUUUAAUGACCGCUUCGAAAGAAAUUAAAACGCCGAGUAUGCAAAUACCGUUUUUGGACGUUCCAAAUUUGGAGAAAAAAGCCGACGAUUUAAAACGGAUUUUAACGCGAGUUGUUGUUCAAGAUGUUUUGGAAAAAAUCGAUGUGACGAAUUUGUUGGAGUUAAAACCGAUUCGGCAACAAAAGUAUGUUUUGAAGUUUACGUUUCUUCCGUACGAACUUUAUAAGUUCGAUUAUGUGGUUAAGCCGAAAAAAGUUAUUCGACAUAUGGUUAAAAAGUUUUUUACGCAAAUGUUUGCCGCUAUUAAGAAAUAUUGUAAGCUUCGCCAACAACCAUUAAUCUUCAAAGAAACUCAAAAACCGAAAAAGAACAACGAAGAGAUCGACGAGGAAGGAGUUCCCCAAGAAAACGAUAAUCGUCUCGAAGAAGAGAGCUCUGACGAAGAACCCGAAGACGCCGAAGAUGCUAAAACGAACUAUAAAUACGAAAAAACCCACGAAAGUGAUGAAGAAGGCGAAGAUGCGAACAAUGAGAAUGAAUCAGAUGAAGAAAGGGAUAAAAACGAAGAAGAAGAAGAUGAAGAUGAGGAUAAAGCGACCAUUUUAAACGCAAAUACUUUAGCAAACGAUUAUAAAUUCGAUUCGGUUAAUUAUAAAUGGUGUGAAUUAACUUUUACGCUUCCUUUAAGUAGUAAAAAAUUAGAUAUGACAGCGAUUUUAAGAGAAGUCGCAUCAAAAUCGGUUAUACACGAAACUCCAAACAUAAAACGAGCUUUCACCUUCAUCAAAGACGAUAAAUUAACUUUAUUAACCGAUGGAAUCAACAUUGUUGAAAUGUUUAAAUACAACAAAUUAUUAGAUUUAAACAAGUUAUAUUCGAACGAUAUUCAUAAAAUAGCGGAAACUUACGGGAUUGAAGCCGCUGUUAGAGUAAUUACAAAGGAAAUUCAAGAUGUUUUUAAAGUUUAUGGAAUCACCGUUGAUCCGCGGCAUUUAAAGCUAAUUUCGGAUUAUAUGACUUUUCGGGGGGUUUUUGUGCCGUUUAGCCGGAAAGGGAUGGAAAGUAGUGCUUCUCCGCUACAACAAAUGUCGUUCGAGGCAUCUUUAGAGUUUCUUCGAGGAGCAACUUUAGGAGGUAAAUGUGAUCAAUUAUCGAAUCCAUCGAGUAGUUUGAUGGUUGGAAAACCUUGUAAUGUUGGAACGGGGUUAUUUGGAACUUUUUACAAGUUUUUCCCCUCGAAAGCAGGUUAGAUAUAUUUUUUAAAUUGAAAUAUUCGUUAAAAUUAAAUAAAUUAAUUUGGUUUAAAAAAAAUCCGAUA